ACCAAGACAAAAUAUGUCUUUCAUGACUUGCUACAACUGUAAUAGGGAAUGCCACAUAGCUAGAUAUUACCCUCAACCUCAUCAACAAUUAAGAGGAACUGAUAGAAGACCUCAUUAUGAUAAUACAAGAGAUGUAUAUCUUGCUGACCAAUAUUAUGAGGAAGAAUAUAAUGAUGAGAAAUAUACUUCAGAAAAAUAA